AUGUCGAACGCAACCGGCCUCGCGUUUGGGAUCGCCGGCUCCGUGCUGUCAACCCUCAUGUACGCGUCCCCUCUGUACGCCGUCCACAAAGCCAGGACUGCCGGCAUGCUCGGGGACCUCGAGCCGCGCCCCUUCGCCUUCUCUGUCCUGUGCACCGCCUCAUGGGUGGCCUAUGGCUUCGCAUCCGGCAACGUGAUGAUGUUUGAGCCCAACAUCGUGGGCCUCAUGGCCUCGGUGUUCUGCGCGGUCGCUGCCUACGGGCUCGCAGAGAAAGGGGUGAGCGGCGUAAAGACGGGGCUUUGGAGGCCGCGCGUGCGCCAAAUCGGGCGACGCUGGGCUGGCUGCAUGCGUACGUGUGUCCGCUCCUUCAACGUUGAAUGGACGUGUGGUGAAGGGGCUGCCACACCCGUGUCCCUCUACAACGUGUAA